AUGAACUUGAAACGUCAAAAGAAUCUUCUCAAAACCAACGAAACUCUCUUCAACGACAAAGUCCCUAUAUCCACGCGUUUCUACCUCCAGCUCUUAAAAAGAAGCCAAUUCCUUGAAAACUUUCUUAGCACAGAAACCUACGAAUACGCUUCUGAAAGCGAACGGCCUGUCAUCUCACCAGAACCAAAAAGAAGCAGCCAGAUUAAAAAAGAAGUAGACAAAUCGAGUUACAACCUGCGAUCGGAGGGUAAAACGGAACGUAAGGUGUUUUACAAGAAAACGCGCGGGAAAAGGCGAAAAAACAUGGCCGACAAAAUCAACAAAAUUGUUUCUGUGCAAGACAAAAAGAGUAAGAGAGAGCCGUUAGCUCCUAUAUUAGAAGAGAUAAGAAAUAGAGAGCCCCUGAAAAGUAAUAGUAAGGGAUCGGAGAUAGAUAAGAUAGCAGAGAAAUUGAAGAGCUUGUUCAAACAGACUGCUGAAGAAAAUCUCAAUAAAGAACUUUUGACUUGCAAGGAGCUGUUUGAGAAAGAUACUAUUGAGGCUGACAGUGACCAUGGUAAAGAAAAUGAAGAGGAAAAGAAAGCCCGCGAGUGGCGCGGGCCCCGCCCCAGCCACACCUGCUCGUAUUGCGGCAAGCGCUUCGACCGGCCCUGGGUGCUGAAGGGGCACCUCCGUCUACACACGGGCGAGCGACCCUUCCCGUGCCCUCAUGCGCAUUGUGGACGGACCUUUGCUGACAGGUCGAACCUCAGAGCGCACCAGCGCACCCGGGGCCACCACGCGUGGCAGUGGCGCUGCGCCGAGUGCGGCAAGGCGUUCAGCCAGCGCCGCUACUUGGAGAGACACCGGGCUGACGCGUGCAGGAAGUACAAAAUGCACACCCGCAACUCCAAGUGCGUCGAAGCCCACACCAAGUCUGAGAGGGAGGCUCCUCUCCCGGUGCCUCUGUACGGGAUCAUCAGGCCCCACGCGGCCUCUGAGGCCUGCCAGGACACGCCCAUCGACCUGUCGGUCGGGAAGAGGACUGAUGCGACCGAUGCCUGAUAGUUGUCGGACAAUUAUUUAAUAGUAGUGGCAGAAGCUGUGCUAAGUGAAUGAAGUGUUUUAGUGUUUAUUAAUAUUUAAUUUAACUUUAAGGCAUGGAAAAAGACAAUGUAUAAAGUCUGAACAAAAAUAAAGUGGUACG